CGUACCUUGAGAGGGGAUGCUGCCAAUCCUACAGAGGACUUUAUGGAUUGUUUUUUCGAGAAGUGAGAGGUACUAGAUAAAACCCCCAAAUAGGUCCUGGUAGAGAAAGACAUAAAGGAAAUCGAAUUCGUUGAGCAAGUCAAACUCGAUCUUCCAAUUUUCUUAAACUCCGUGCUAAGUCAUUCUUUUUAAAACAGAGGGAGUAUACAAUAGGGAAAACUCUUGCUUCACUCAUUUCUCAAGAAUAAAGGAAUUGCAAAAGUAUCAUUUAUAUAAUAUAAAACUCUCUUGCUUGGCAACAUUCUUUUUCUUCUUUUCCUUCUUAUACUUUUGCUUUGUCAAUUAAAUAGUUGGAAAAAAAAGGUUGUCCAAAGUACUUAUAUUAAAAUAAUAGGAAUCAUUCUUCUCCUAUCUGCACAAGAAUGAAGAGGUUCCACAACAACUGUUAAAAACUUAUUAAAGAUUUUCUUGGAAUUCUGCUUUAAUAAAGAAGGAAAAUAAAAUAUAAAGUUACUGUGCAAAGUAUUUAUCUUGCACUUCAUCACAGGUUAAAUUAUUCUUCUUUUAAAUCUCAACCAUUCAAUAUGCACGGUGUUUUCUACCAGGAGUUUCUUUAUUUAAGGACUCGAACCCGAUAUCUCUAGUUAAAAGUGGAUGGAUCAACAAAUAUUUUUAAAUUUAUAGUGGAAAAGGACGGUUAUCGAAAGCUAAGUUGCUCGGACUCUCCAAAAAUGUUGCUGCACCUGUGUCGGAUCCUCCUAAAAAACACUACUUUUGAAGGAUCCAACACGCACGUGAUGACAUUUUUGAAGAGUCCGAGCAACACUGAUCGAAAGUUUAUAGUAGUUCUAAAAGGAAACAUAUUCUCCCUUCCUAGCAAGAUUGAAGAGGCUCCACAAAGAUUGAAGAGGCUCCACAACAAUAAUAUAAAACUUAUUAAUGAUUUUGCUUAAGUAGUGCCUUAAACAAAGAAGAAGUAUUCAGUUUAGCUUCACUUGAUAAUCAGAAACAUUUUUUUUCUUUCUUUACUUCAACAGUUGUUCAAUGGAAAUACUUUUUAAUGCAGUAGGUGGCUUUGUUGUUGAGGUGGUAAAGUUUGUAUCCAAAUGCAUCUAUCCUAAAAUUGAAAGUAUCGUCCGUUUCUCGUCAAAAAUUGAAAAUCUAAGGAAGGAAAUGGAGGAGGUAGCAAGGUUUAGAGACGACGUCAAAGCGAAGGUGGAAGUAGCGGUGCGAGAAGGCUAUAAGCCAAAACCAGAUGUUGUUAAGUGGUUCGAAGAUGUUCAGAAGCUCGAGAAUGAAUGGGAAGCUAUGCAAGAAAGCAUUGCAGCGGCUAAGACACUUACAUAUAAAUGGUGUCCAAAAUGCAGCCUUCGCUCGGAAGUCUCCGCUCAAGCAAAGAACAUCCGGGAUCAACAAUGCAGAUUUAUAAAGGUCGGAGAAAACUUUGGAUCCAAUUUGGUGGUAGAAAUUUACCGGAUGAAAAAAGUUGAGCACAUCCCGGGACCAUCAAUAGAAGGCCAGCCAGCUGCAACAAGGAAUCUCAACCAACUCCUACGACUAUUGGAAGAUGAUAAGGUAUGCAUUAUCGGUGUAUGGGGUACCGGAGGAGUUGGGAAAACUACUUUGGUGAAGAAUCUGAACAACGAGCUCUUAAAGAAUGUGCCAAGUUCCAAACUGUCUUUUGGGGUUGUGAUAUGGGUUACAGUCCCAAAACCACCAAUAGACGUAAGAAAGAUUCAAGCACAAAUUGCCAGUAGAUUAAGCCUCACAGUAGAUAACGGCAGUGUAGAAAGCAUUGCCAGCAAAAUCUGUGAAAGGCUCGAGAAAGAAACGAGUUUUCUUCUCAUAUUGGAUGACGUUUGGGAAGCUAUAAAUUUGGAUGAUGUAGGGGUGCCCCAACUUUCCGCGAGAAGCAUGGUAAUUAUAACUUCUCGUUUUUUGAGUGUUUGUAGCCAAAUGAAAACAGAUGUUGAAAUGAAGGUUUACACAUUGGACGAGGAUGAAUCUUGGCAACUGUUUGCCAAAAAUGUGGGAGAUAUUGUCAAUCAGGAGAAAAUCCAUCCAUUGGCAAAGGAAAUUGCAAGAGAGUGUGAUGGUUUACCUUUAGCAAUCAUUGUUAUUGGAUCAUCCAUGAGAGGGCAGACGAGGGUCGAGCUCUGGGAAGAUGCUUUGAAAUCACUUAGAAUGUCCGAACCUCAUAGCAAAGUUGUAGAAGAUAAGGUUUACAAGGUCAUCAAGUGGAGUUUCGAUUCUUUUGGAUCUCAGGAUAUUGAAUCAUCCUCAGAGCAAAGAAGCCAACGUGUGAACAAAAAGAGAGGUGACAUUCAAAGUUGUUUCUUGUAUUGCUCCUUAUAUCCGGCGGCUAUUCCAACAGAUGAUCUGAUACAUUGCUGGUGGGCGGAGGGGAUCCUCGGUGAACAUGACACAUAUGAAGAAGCCUACAACAGGGGAAUCACAAUGAUUGAGAGAUUAAAGGAUGCAUGCUUGCUAGAAUACCAUGGGAUGGUGAUUUUUCCGGGGCAGGUUGUGGAUUGUGUGAAGAUGCAUGACGUGGUUCGUGAUAUUGCUAGAUGGAUUGCUAGUACCUUUGGGGAUGAACACACUUCUGUUUUUCAAGCUGGAAUUGGGUUGACUGAGAUAUCACUUAUUACAAUAUCAGCUUCUGUCAAGAGAGUAUCUUUCGUAAGCAACAAAAUUGAAUGUCUACCUGAUUGCUUCACGAAAUGUCCAAAGACAACAUCUUUACUUUUGCAAGACAAUUAUCCCCUUCAGAAAAUACCCCAGGAAUUCUUUUUGGCAUUUCCAGCUCUAAGAGUUCUGAAUCUGAGUCAAACUAAUAUUGAAGCACUGCCUUCUUCCAUCAAUAGUUUAUGUCAACUCCGUGCUCUAAUACUACAAAGUUGCUUUGCGUUGAAAGAGUUACCACCGAUUGCUAAUCUUCACAAUUUGCAAGUGCUCGAUUGUGAUGAAACAUUGUUGAGUUGUCUGCCGCAAGGAAUGGACAAUUUGAUAAAUCUGAGGCUAUUAAAUAUGCCUGUUGAUAAUAUGAAGAGCAUCAGCAAAGGAUUUUUCCUUAAAUUCCCUAGCAUUGAAAUGUUAGAUCUGUCGUAUGGCUCUCUUGGAGAGACUUCUUUGGAUGAGAUAUCAUCUCGCUCUCUUGGAGCGGCUUCUUUUGAUGAGAUAUCAUAUCUAUACAAUCUGACUUAUCUUUCUAUUAGAGUGGACAGCUCAUCAUUUUUUAAUAGAGAUUACACCUGGAUGACUAGAUUGAAAGAAUUUCACAUUAGAGUUGGGGAAACUUCAAUUUAUGUACCAUACAACAAGUCAGAAAGGGCGAUAAAUGUCUUCAAGUGUGAAAUUUUCAGUAACGGAGAGCUCUCGGGCAUGUUGCAGUUUGCUUCACAUUUGUACUUGCACGUAUGCAUGGGUCUCAGGAAGUUGAUUGCAUACAACACUUUUAAUGGAUUAAAAUUACUAAAGAUAGAGUGCUGUUCUUGUUCUUUUGGACUAGUGGAAGGAGAAAGUGGGCAAUUUGACCCUUUGCCAAAUCUAGAACAUCUCGGCCUCGUUUCAGUAAAUAAUUUAAGAAGUUUUUCUGAUUUCGGUCAAUAUUUGGGUCUAAGAUUUUCUAAAUUACGUGAACUGGUAAUCUUUCAAUGUGUAAGUUUAACAUAUGUUUUCAAAGAUGAUGGAGCUUGUUAUGUACCCAAGCACUUGGAAGAAAUUAGAAUUAUGGUUUGCCCUCAGCUAGAAGAGUUGUAUGUGCAAUGCAGCUCAAGUGAUCAGGCAACACUUAUCAACUCAGAAAUUCCAAGAGUUCGGAAGUUAGAUUUGAACGACUUACCUGAACUAGCAACGUUGGGGGAGCCACAGAGUAUGUGGGAACACUUGGAGGAACUCACGGUGAUCGAUUGUGACGGAUUAAGGAAGUUGCCUCUCUCUAUUCAAACCUCCAAAAACAUCAAAAUAAUAGAAGGAGAAUCAGAAUGGUGGAGCCAACUGGAAUGGGAUGAUGACAACUUCAAGUUAAAUUUAGAGCAUUGUUACAAAGAAUGGUAUUACCGAUGACAGAAGGAUCAAAGGGAAGAAUAGAAGAUGAGAAAGGACAUUCCUGCACUGGAGAGACACAGGUUUCGAGAUAAAGUUAACCAGUGAGUUUGUUGUAAUGUAUUUCCUUAACCAGUCGAGUUUGUUGUAAUGAAUUUCAUUAACCAGUUGAGUUUGUUGUAAUGUGUUUCCUAUUACCAGUCAAGUUUGUUGUAAUGUAUUUCAUUAACCAGUUGAGUUUGUUGUAAUGUGUUUCCUAUUACCAGUCGAGUUUGUUGUAAUGUAUUUGUUGUAAUGUAUUUUCUUAACCAGUCAAGUUUGUGGUAAUGCAUUUUCUGCCAACAAUUGUUCCUUGUUUGUACUCGUGCUUUCUGGUUUGGUAUUUUGAUUGCUUGAUUGUACACUGAGUAAUUUCUUGUUUCGAUUGUGCCCAGUGAGUGAACUUGGUUUUCUUUGUCUUUGUUCUCAUGAUAGCACAGACAAACCUCCUAUCAAGAGGUCUGUUAAUUUUUUUAAAACCUAAUAUGUUACUGCCAACAACGUUUACAUUAGUUUUGUAAAGUUUUUAGAAAACAUAUUACAUUGGUGAAUUGAUUUAAAAAAUGACUUAUGUUGAUCAAAACUUAGAAUAUACUAUAUAUACAUAUAUAUAACAUAUGAAGAAACCAAAAG